AUGGGCGGGUCUCGAUACUUCGUUGCUAGAGACUUGGAUGAGUUAGGACGUGCACUUCAGCUCGUCCCUCGAGGUAACGACUGUAUCAAGUGUGAUCAUAGCACAGGGCUGCAAUGUCCUAAGUGCUCAGGUGGCGAGAGCUGCCAAUUUACCGUUCCUCUCGACUGCACCCAAUGUGCUACAUCCGGCUGCAUGAAGGAUGAAGAGGCCGAAUCUGACAAAGGCGGCGGCGGCCUAAACAUUGGCGGCAUCAUUGGCGGUAUCAUCGGUAGCAUCGUAAUGAUUGCCGUCGUUGCAUAUUUAGCCUGGAGGUUCUAUAUCAAACCUAAGAGGUCCCAGACUCUCACACCUAUCAAUUUCGAAGACGUGGAUCCUGUGCAAAGCUCCGAGAAGGAUGCCGCCUUGAGGGGGACUCGUCCCCUAUCGACACAUACCGUUCAUUCUAUCGCUCCCACCGUCCUUACUCGAGCCUCCAAUAUUAUCCAGAUCGCCUACAUCCCCGGCGUUAUCAACCGAGCGACUCUGACGUCACCAAAGCUUCUUGUUCCUCUCGUCCCGCCGAUCCCCAUGCACCACACCGAGGGCAACCGAGGCCAAGGAAACAACAGCCAACGUCCCUAG